ACUUUAAAACAUAUUAAUAAUACAAAUACAGAAAAUUCAAAACAAGAAGAUAUUUAAAAUGCAGAUAUUAUAGGUUAAGUCAGUUUGCUAUAUUUUAUGUAAAAUUUAUAUAUUCACAUAUUUAAAUAGCGCUUACAUUUGAUCUGCAAAAGAAUCAUUUGUUUGUACUCCUUCUUUGAAAGAAGAAAUAUAUAUAGCAAUUUAACAUGAAACUUCAAUGCACCGUAGAAGUUAAUAACAGAUUAUCUACAACAAAUGUAAUAAGAAGAAAGCCACAGCGUUCCAUUUUAGUAAUUGGAAGACAUUCAGUAAAAAGUACAGGCUUACAUAUUCUUUGGCAAACAUUACAGAAUAAACAGGGUACUAAAUAUAAGAUUGAUGGCAACAUAGAUCAAAUAUUUACAAAAUUUAUUAAUGAUGGAAAAGCUACAAUUCGAAUGAUAGAACCUCCUCAUGAUUUAAUUAUUCAGUCUGAUACAAUUCAGUUGAAGAGUUUUAUUCAUAUUUUAAAGCUUGUAAUAUCUAAGAAAGCAGAUCCAUCAGUUCUUACUAUUUCAAAUUUAAAUCCAAAAGAUGUAACUUCCAUUCCAAAGACCAAAGUUGUAGUUAACAAACCAUCAGAAUAUCCAACUCUGGAAGGCUUUCCAAGAACAACUAAAGAAUUACAUUUAACAGGAUUAAAUAGAAAAUCAUUUGAUAGACAAAUUUUAAGACUACAAAGCUUAAGAGUUUUAGAUUUGUCCAAUAAUCAAAUUUCAUCUAUACCAACAGAAUUAGGUGCUUUAGAGCACUUACAAGAACUUAUUCUAUCACAAAAUCGUCUCAAUAAAGCAUUGAAAUGGACGUGGUUGGAGCAAACUGCUAUUAAAACUAAUUUAAAAUUAUUAGACAUAAGUGAUAAUUCGUUAAUAAUAUUACCAGAACAAAUUGGAAAACUUCAUGGUUUAGUCAAUUUUAAGGCCAGCAAAAAUAUGUUAUCAUAUUUACCACAAAGUAUUGGAAAAUUAUCUAGCUUAAAAUAUUUAGAUGUAUCAAAAAAUAAUUUAAAUUAUUUGCCUGGAAGCAUGAAAAAUCUAAGGCUCAUUUUAUUAGACGUUUCAGAAAAUAAAUUUCAAAAAAUAGAUUUGUAUUUCACAUGCAGAACAAGUGUACCAAGUUUACUUGAAUUUGGAGCCAGAGAAUUCCUUAAAACGGGGUGUCCAUAUGAUGCAAGUAUAAUUCCAUUCACGUUGGUAAGGUAUUUAAAUGAAGCAAAGUAUUGUGUCUGUGGUAACCCUUGUUUCCAAUAUUAUAUAAGAAAAUUUGUUGAGUAUAAUUUAAGUACUAUAGCUAAUAGUGUAAAAUCAUCAGAAAAUAGUACAGUACAGUUUGAUUGUUAUUUUUGUACAAUCAAAUGUGAAAGUUGUUAUGCAAAAGUACGGUAUUAAAAUACUUUUUUAAGAAUUUAAUUCUAUCUUUUAUAAAAAUGUUUUAUAAGUAUAUGUAUAAUAAUUUAUUUUCAAAUAAACCUGGAAAAAAAUUAAUUUUAUCAUUUUAAGGGA